CCUCCACUAGGUGGCGCUCUUUCAGUGUGAUUAAUGUGAUAUUCAGUCAGUGGUGAUGGUGGGAGGAGCCAGUAAAGCUGCUCAUUACUGAUGAAGAGCUGAAUAAAGAGGAAGUAACUAAAGCAGACAGAUGUAGAGACAGAGAGAUUCACACAGAGAUCAUUCAGCAUAAAGAAGACUGAACUCAACUCACAAUGAAGAUCCUCCUCAUCUUCUUCACUUUCUACCUGAUCUCAGGUGCAGUGAGAUGCUUCAGUGUCACUGGAUAUUCUGGAGGAAGUGUUCUUGUUGAUUCAUGGAAGUCUUGGUUCAGUGACUCUGAUAAAUACAUGUAUAGACUACAUGAGUGGAAAACAAUAAUAAAUGAUAUGAAACAUAAUAAAUGGAUUAAUGAAGGAAGGUUCUCUUUAUUUUCCGAUGAAUAUGGAGGCCUCAUGAUCUACAUUAGAGAAGUGAAUAUGCAAGAUGCUGGAACAUACAGGAUUGGGGUUAAAGGCAAAUGGUCCAUCGAUAUGACUUUGAAUGUGGAAGAAGCUAAAGUGGGCGUGUCUAGAGUGAGCAGCUACUCAGGAGGUGGUUUGAUGAUCAAGUGUGAACAUCCUCAAUACAAAACCAAACCAAAAUACAUCUGUAAAGAAUCAGAUGGAUGUUCAGAGAGGAAGAAUCCAGGAGUUCAGGAUGAAUGGAUGGAGAAUGGAGAUGUUUCUUUAUAUGACGACACCAGAGCAGGAGUCUUGAUGGUGUUUUUUAGAGAACUGAAAGCUGCAGAUGCUGGAACAUACAGGUGUGGAGUGAAUGUAUCUCACUAUACUGAGAGAUUCACUGAACUUCAGCUGAACGUCAAACACGAUGCAAAAUAUCCAAAGAAUGUGACUGAAUCUGUGUAUCUUGGUGAAGAAGUCAGCAUCACCUGUCAGAUCCCAGAGGAACAUGAAGUUAAUUUCUGCAAAGAGGAUGAUAAUCACAUCUGUCAAAACAUCAGCUCAUCUAAAGUGACACAAAUGAAUGGUUCAUCUGAGAGAAAUGAAGAGAGAGUUUUUACAGUGAUCAUCAGUAAUGUGAGUGUGAGAGAUGCUGGAGUUUACUGGUGUGGAGCAGAAACCAGAGACACAUAUUUGACUUUCAUCUCCCUGAACACUAAAAUUCAGCUUAACAUCACCAUGGCUCCAGUAGUGAGACAUGAAGGAGAAUCUGCUGAGAUCAUCUGCCCUUAUGAUUCAAUCUAUAAAUCAAAGUCAAAGUCUCUCUGUAAGGGGAAGUGCUCCACUAGAGACAGAAAUACUCUCAAUGAGACUGUGAGAGAAGAGAAAGAGACCAAGACUGACAGAUUGACUCUGAAUGAUGACGUCACUGCAAGUGUCUUCACUGGGACCAUCACUGGACUGACAGCAGAGGAUGCUGGGAAAUACUGGUGUGCAGUGACAUUAGAAAGAGACCUCAAUUAUCUUUACACUCAUCUGAUCAUCAUCAUGAACGAGGAGCUGAACUUGACUAAGUAUGAAGGAGACGACGUGUCAAUCCAGUGCAAACAUCAGGAUGAAGAUCAGAAAAGCUUCUGCAAAGCACAUGAAGCCUCCAUGUGUGUGAAGGAUGGAGUUUUAUUGGAGACGAUCAGAGAUGAUCGAUUCUCUUUCAGUGAUGAAGCAUCUACUGGAGUCUUUACUGUGAACAUCACUGAUCUGAGAGAAGAGGAUUCUGGGAUAUACUGGUGUGGAGCUCACGUCACCACUAAAGUCAGUCUCACUAUAAAAAAGGAUUUCUCCAUGAUCAUCAUUAUUAGUGUGUGUGUGAUUCUUCUGCUGAUCAGUGGAUUCACUCUGACUGUGUGGAAAAUAAAACACAAGAGACGAGGUGACACUUGGAAGAACCUCAACACCAGACAAGAGAAAGAGGAAGAAAAAUACAAUGAUCCUGGAACAGCCCAAAUGAACAGCAUUGGUGAUCUACCCACAAUCCCCUCUGAUGGGCUCCUGUACGCCACUGUCACUUUCCAGAAGUGUGAAGAGUCUCUCAGUGACGCUUCAGUCAGAUUCAGUAAGAAUGAGAUUUACUCUGAUUACGCCGCA